AUGAUGGAAGACAAAAGUGGCAUCAGGGGAAAGAUUGGAAAAGCCAAGAACACAGCAAAUAUAAAUACAGAACAGAAAGACAAGGCAUCUGAGAAAAACUUGUCUCUGAGCUCAAAGCACGUUACACACCAUACCAUCCCUAUAGAACAGAGAAGCAGUGAACAAGGCAAAUGUGUGGAGAACAUCAAUGGAAAUUCUCAUCUCCAUCUGAAGCAGAAAACCAGUGCUUUUAGGAAAUCCCAUAAAUGUGAUGAGUGUGGGAAAUUCUUUAAAUAUAAUUCCCGCCUGAUUCAACAUAAAGUUAUGCACACUGGGGAAAAACACUAUGAGUGCGAAGACUGUGGAGGGGCUUUCCGGAGCAGUUCGAGCCUUCGAGUCCACAAGCGGAUCCAUACUGGGGAGAAGCCGUAUAAGUGUGAGGAAUGUGGGAAAGCCUACAUGUCCUAUUCCAGCCUUAUAAACCAUAAAAGCACCCAUUCUGGGGAGAAGAACUGUAAAUGUGAUGAGUGUGGAAAAUCUUUCAAUUAUAGCUCUGUUUUAGACCAGCAUAAAAGGAUCCACACUGGGGAGAAGCCCUAUGAAUGUGGCGAGUGUGGAAAAGCCUUCAGGAACAGCUCUGGUCUCAGAGUCCACAAAAGAAUCCACACAGGGGAGAAGCCUUAUGAAUGUGACAUCUGUGGGAAGACUUUCAGUAAUAGCUCCGGCCUCAGAGUUCACAAAAGGAUCCACACAGGUGAAAAGCCCUAUGAAUGUGAUGAGUGUGGAAAGGCCUUCAUUACUUGCAGGACACUCCUAAACCAUAAAAGCAUCCACUUUGGAGAUAAACCUUACAAAUGUGAUGAAUGUGAUAAAUCAUUUAAUUAUAGCUCUCUCCUCAUUCAGCAUAAAGUCAUCCACACUGGAGAAAAACCUUACGAAUGUGAUGAAUGUGGGAAGGCCUUCAGAAAUAGCUCGGGCCUUAUUGUACAUAAAAGAAUCCACACGGGAGAGAAACCUUACAAGUGUGAUGUCUGUGGCAAAGCAUUCAGCUAUAGCUCAGGCCUUGCAGUCCACAAAAGCAUUCACCCUGGGAAGAAGGCUCAUGAAUGUAAGGAGUGUGGGAAAUCUUUUAGCUAUAACUCACUUCUUCUUCAGCAUAAGACUAUUCACACUGGAGAGAGACCUUAUGUAUGUGAUGUGUGUGGCAAAACCUUCAGAAACAACUCGGGCCUCAAAGUCCACAGGAGGCUCCACACUGGGGAAAAGCCAUACAAGUGUGACGUGUGUGGCAAAGCCUAUAUCUCACGUUCUAGCCUUAAAAACCACAAAGGAGUCCAUCUUGGGGAGAAGCCCUUUAAAUGUAGCUAUUGUGAGAAAUCUUUCAAUUAUAGCUCUGCUCUUGAGCAACAUAAAAGGAUUCAUACGAGGGAGAAACCUUUUGGGUGUGAUGAGUGUGGAAAAGCCUUCAGAAAUAAUUCAGGUCUUAAAGUACAUAAACGGAUCCAUACUGGGGAGAGACCUUACAAGUGUGAAGAGUGUGGGAAAGCCUACAUCUCACUCUCAAGCCUUAUAAAUCAUAAAAGUGUACACCCUGGGGAAAAGCCCUAUAAGUGUGAGGAGUGUGAAAAGGCCUUUAUCACAUACCGAACCCUUAUAAACCACAAAAAAAUCCAUCUUGGGGAGAAGCCCUACAAGUGUGAUGUGUGUGAGAAAUCUUUUAAUUACACCUCACUCCUUUCUCAACACAAAAGGGUUCACACUAGAGAAAAGCCCUAUGAAUGCGACAGGUGUGAGAAGGUCUUCAGAAACAACUCAAGCCUUAAGGUGCAUAAAAGAAUUCAUACUGGGGAGAAGCCCUAUGAAUGUGAUGUGUGUGGAAAAGCCUACAUCUCACACUCAAGCCUUAUUAACCAUAAAAGUACCCACCCUGGGAAGACACCCUAUACAUGUGAUGAAUGUGGGAAAGCUUUUUUCUCAAGCAGAACUCUUAUAAGCCAUAAAAGAGUUCAUCUUGGAGAGAAACCCUUCAAAUGUGUUGAGUGCGGGAAAUCUUUUAGUUACAGCUCACUUCUUUCUCAACACAAGAGGAUCCACACAGGGGAGAAGCCCUAUGUAUGUGAUGGUUGUGGAAAGGCAUUCCGGAACAGUUCAGGCCUCACAGUGCAUAAAAGGAUCCACACAGGCGAGAAACCCUACGGAUGUGAUGAGUGUGGGAAGGCAUACAUCUCACACUCGAGUCUUAUCAACCAUAAAAGCAUCCAUCGUGGGCAGCAGCCCUAUAAUUGUGAGUGUGGUAAAUCCUUUAAUUAUAGAUCAGUCCUUGACCAACACAAAAGGAUCCACACUGGAAAGAAGCCAUUCAAAUGUAGUGAGUGUGGGAAGGCUUUUAAUAUCAGAUCAGAUCUAACCAAGCAUAAAAGAAUCCAUACAGGAGAAGAAUAUUUAAAUGUGCCAAAUGUGGGAAGUUACAGUGGCACAUCACAAAGGAGAACUCAUGAGGGUGGGAGUGUUCUGGAUGGGACCAGGAUGAGCUUGUCUCUAGGAGGCAAAGCUUUUUGA